AGUACGGCGGCUGUGAAGGCGAGUGCGAGCCAGGGCUCCUCCCCCCGCCUCCCGCCAGACGGUGGCUGAGGAGGCAGCGGGAGGGGAUGGUGCGUCUGGCGGAGGCGGUGGCGGACGCCGCUCCGGCUCCUCCAUCCCCCCCGCCGUCGCCAUGGGUGUGAGUAGGGCCCCCCGGCCCGCGCAGAUAUGAGGCAUCUAUUAACAAGCUAAAAGUGACAGAACCAUGGCUCAGUUUCCAACACCUUUUGGGGGCAACCUGGAUAUCUGGGCUAUUACUGUGGAGGAGAGAGCUAAACAUGAUCAACAGUUCCAUAGUCUGAAACCAACAUCUGGAUUUAUCACUGGUGAUCAAGCUAGAAACUUUUUUUUUCAAUCUGGGUUACCUCAACCGGUAUUAGCACAGAUAUGGGCUCUAGCUGACAUGAACAAUGAUGGGAGGAUGGAUCAGUUGGAGUUUUCAAUAGCUAUGAAACUUAUCAAAUUAAAACUACAAGGUUAUCAACUCCCAUCUGCACUGCCUCCUGUCAUGAAGCAGCCACCUAUUGCUCUGCCUAGUGCACCAGGAUUUGGUAUUGGGGGCAUUGCCAGCAUGCCAUCUCUUACAACUGUUGCCCCAGUGCCAAUGGCAUCUAUUCCAGUAGUAGGAAUGUCUCCACCAUUAGUAUCUUCUGUUCCUGCAGCAGCAGUACCUCCCCUGGCUAAUGGAGCUCCUGCUGUUAUACAGCCUCUGCCUGCUUUUGCUCAUCCUGCCACAUUGCCAAAGAGUUCUUCCUUUAGUAGAUCUGGUCCAGGAUCACAGCUAAACGCAAAACUACAAAAGGCACAAUCAUUUGAUGUGGCUAGUGUGCCUCCUGUGGCAGAGUGGGCUGUACCUCAGUCGUCAAGACUGAAAUACAGACAGCUCUUCAAUAGCCAUGAUAAAACAAUGAGUGGACACUUAACAGGUCCACAAGCAAGAACUAUUCUUAUGCAGUCAAGUUUACCCCAGGCUCAGCUGGCUACAAUAUGGAAUCUUUCUGAUAUCGAUCAAGAUGGAAAACUUACAGCCGAAGAGUUUAUUCUGGCUAUGCACUUAAUUGAUGUAGCCAUGUCUGGUCAGCCUCUGCCACCUGUACUGCCUCCAGAGUAUAUUCCACCUUCAUUUAGAAGAGUGCGCUCUGGUAGUGGCAUAUCUGCUGUAAGUUCAGUAUCUGUAGACCAAAGGUUACCAGAAGAACCAGCAUUAGAAGAAGAACAGCAGCAACUGGAAAAGAAAUUACCAGUUACAUUUGAAGAUAAAAAACGGGAGAACUUUGAACGUGGCAAUCUAGAACUUGAAAAACGGAGGCAGGCUCUCCUGGAACAGCAACGUAAAGAACAAGAGCGUCUAGCACAGCUGGAACGGGCAGAACAGGAACGGAAAGAACGUGAGCGACAGGAGCAAGAACGUAAAAGACAACUGGAGCUAGAGAAACAGUUGGAAAAACAACGGGAAUUGGAACGGCAGAGAGAAGAGGAAAGGAGGAAAGAAAUAGAAAGAAGAGAGGCUGCAAAACGGGAACUUGAGAGGCAGCGGCAACUUGAGUGGGAGCGUAAUCGUCGGCAAGAACUACUAAAUCAAAGAAACAAGGAACAAGAGGACAUAGUUGUUCUGAAGGCAAAGAAGAAGACCUUAGAAUUUGAGCUGGAAGCUCUAAAUGAUAAAAAAAACCAGUUGGAGGGAAAGCUUCAGGAUAUCAGAUGUCGACUCUCUACCCAAAGACAAGAAAUUGAAAGUACAAAUAAAUCUAGAGAACUGAGAAUUGCAGAAAUCACCCAUUUGCAACAGCAGCUACAGGAAUCUCAGCAGAUGCUUGGAAGAUUGAUUCCAGAAAAGCAAUUGCUUAAUGAUCAGCUAAAGCAAGUUCAACAGAACAGUUUGCACAGAGAUUCUCUUCUUACUAUUAAAAGAGCCUUAGAAGCCAAGGAACUAGCACGUCAACAGCUUCGAGACCAGCUAGAUGAAGUAGAAAAAGAAACCAGAUCUAAACUUCAGGAAAUUGAUAUUUUCAAUAAUCAACUGAAGGAGCUGAGAGAAACACAUAACAAACAGCAACUACAGAAGCAAAAGAACUUGGAAGCUGAGAGGCUGAAACAGAAGGAACAGGAAAGGAAGACAGUAGAACUGGAAAAGCAAAAAGAAGCUCAAAGGCGAAUCCAGGAACGGGAUAAACAGCGGCUUGAUCGAGUGCAACCAGAAGAAGAACUUCAGUGGCAAAAAAAAAUUCAGGAAGAUGAAAAGCAAAAAAGGGAAGAAAUAACCAAGAAGAAGGAAAGUGAGGAUAAGGGGAAACAAGAAAUGCAAGAGAAACUGAGUAAGCUUUUCCAACCACAUCAAGAGCCAAUCAAGCCAGCAGUCCAGGCUCCUUGGUCAAAUGCAGAAAAAGCUCCACUAACCAUUUCUGCUCAGGAGGAUGUAAAAAUAGUGUAUUAUAGAGCACUGUAUCCUUUUGAAUCAAGAAGCCACGAUGAAAUUACUAUUCAGCCUGGCGACAUAGUCAUGGUUAAAAGGGAAUGGGUGGAUGAAAGCCAGACUGGAGAACCAGGAUGGCUUGGUGGAGAAUUGAAGGGGAAAACUGGAUGGUUCCCUGCAAACUAUGCAGAGAAAAUACCUGAAAAUGAAGUUCCAGCUUCUGUAAAGCCAGCAGUUGAGGCAGCUGCUGCACCUAAAGUUGCUGUGCAUGAAACCACUACAUCACUAGGAACUCCUGCUUCUACAGAGUGUACAACAACUGCCAAUAACUGGGCAGACUUCAGUUCAACAUGGCCUACAAACACUAGUGAGAAACCAGAGACUGAUAACUGGGAUGCCUGGGCAGCUCAGCCGUCUUUGACUGUUCCGAGUGCAGGGCAGCUGCGGCAGCGAUCAGCCUUCACUCCUGCUACUGCUACAGGAUCAUCUCCCUCUCCUGUCUUGGGUCAGGGUGAAAAAGUGGAGGGGCUUCAAGCACAGGCUUUGUAUCCUUGGAGAGCGAAAAAAGACAACCACCUUAAUUUCAACAAAAAUGAUAUCAUCACAGUUUUGGAGCAGCAAGAUAUGUGGUGGUUUGGAGAGGUUCAAGGACAAAAGGGGUGGUUUCCUAAAUCAUAUGUGAAGCUUAUUUCAGGCCCAAUUAGGAAGUCAACGAGCAUGGAUUCUGGUUCCUCAGAAAGUCCUGCUAGUCUGAAAAGAGUAGCAUCACCAGCAACAAAAGCAGCUGUGUCAGGUGAAGAGUAUAUUGCUAUGUAUACUUAUGAGAGUUCUGAACAAGGAGACCUAACUUUUCAACAAGGUGAUAUGAUUCUUGUGACAAAGAAAGAUGGCGACUGGUGGACGGGAACACUGGGUGAUAAAUCAGGAGUUUUCCCAUCUAAUUAUGUGAGACUCAAAGAUUCUGAGGCUCCUGGAGCAGCUGGAAAAACAGGAAGCUUAGGGAAGAAACCUGAAAUUGCCCAAGUUAUUGCCUCUUACACAGCAACGGGUCCAGAACAGCUUACUCUUGCUCCUGGUCAGUUGAUUCUUAUCAGAAAGAAGAAUCCAGGUGGCUGGUGGGAAGGAGAGCUCCAAGCACGAGGGAAAAAACGGCAGAUAGGAUGGUUCCCUGCUAAUUAUGUAAAACUUCUGAGCCCUGGUACCAGUAAAACUACACCAACUGAGCUACCUAAAUCAACAGCAUUACCUUCAGUGUGCCAAGUAAUUGGCAUGUAUGACUACACUGCACAGAAUGAUGAUGAGCUAGCAUUCAAUAAAGGCCAGAUUAUAAACGUCCUUAACAAGGAAGACCCAGACUGGUGGAAAGGGGAGGUGAAUGGACAAGUGGGUCUCUUUCCAUCCAACUAUGUGAAGCUGACAACAGACAUGGACCCAAGCCAGCAAUGGUGUGCAGACUUGCAUCUUCUGGAUAUGUUGACACCUACUGAAAGAAAAAGGCAGGGAUACAUCCACGAGCUCAUUGUCACAGAAGAGAACUAUGUAAAUGAUCUGCAGUUGGUCACAGAGAUCUUCCAGAAACCACUAAUGGAAUCUGAGCUGCUAACAGAAAAGGAAGUUGCUAUGAUUUUUGUUAAUUGGAAGGAGCUGAUUAUGUGCAAUAUAAAACUACUGAAAGCUUUGCGUGUGCGUAAGAAGAUGUCUGGAGAGAAGAUGCCAGUGAAAAUGAUUGGUGACAUACUGACAGCUCAGCUGCCACACAUGCAGCCUUACAUUCGGUUCUGUAGCUGCCAGCUCAAUGGGGCAGCGCUCAUCCAGCAGAAGACAGAUGAAGUCCCUGAGUUCAAGGAGUUUGUUAAAAGGUUAGCAAUGGAUCCUCGCUGUAAAGGAAUGCCACUAUCAAGUUUUCUACUAAAGCCUAUGCAACGGGUAACAAGAUACCCACUAAUAAUUAAAAAUAUAAUAGAAAACACUCCUGAAAACCACCCUGACCACAGUCACUUGAAGCACGCUCUUGAGAAAGCAGAAGAAUUAUGUUCUCAAGUAAAUGAAGGCGUGCGGGAGAAGGAAAAUUCAGAUAGGCUGGAGUGGAUCCAGGCUCAUGUUCAGUGUGAAGGCCUGUCAGAGGGGAACCUCGAUUGUUUUACUUUAUACAGUGCGUUGUUGUUCUUCUUCUACUUUUCGCAGCAACUCGUAUUUAAUUCUGUUACAAACUGCUUGGGACCACGCAAGUUCCUGCACAGUGGAAAACUCUAUAAAGCCAAGAGUAACAAGGAACUGUAUGGCUUUCUGUUCAAUGAUUUCCUCCUGCUGACUCAGAUCAUAAAACCUCUUGGCUCUUCUGGCACAGACAAGGUCUUCAGCCCCAAGUCUAAUCUGCAAUACAAAAUGUACAAAACUCCCAUUUUUCUAAAUGAGGUACUAGUAAAAUUACCCACAGACCCUUCUGGAGAUGAGCCCAUCUUCCAUAUCUCCCACAUUGAUAGAGUCUAUACACUCCGGGCUGAAAGCAUUAAUGAAAGGACUGCCUGGGUUCAGAAGAUCAAGGCUGCUUCAGAACUUUACAUAGAGACUGAAAAGAAGAAGAGGGAAAAGGCCUACUUAGUUCGCUCGCAAAGAGCAACAGGCAUUGGAAGGCUGAUGGUGAAUAUUGUUGAAGGCAUUGAACUAAAACCUUGCAGGUCCCAUGGAAAGAGUAACCCGUACUGUGAGGUGACGAUGGGCUCUCAGUGCCACAUUACCAAGACAAUACAGGACACCCUCAACCCAAAGUGGAACUCCAACUGCCAGUUCUUUAUCAAAGAUCUCGAGCAGGACGUGCUCUGCAUUACGGUGUUUGAGAGGGACCAGUUCUCCCCAGAUGACUUUUUGGGCAGAACAGAGAUCCGUGUGGCAGACAUUAAGAAGGAUCAGGGUUCAAAGGGACCAGUUACAAAGUGUCUCCUCCUGCAUGAAGUCCCGACAGGAGAGAUAGUCGUCCGACUAGACCUGCAAUUGUUUGAUGAGCCUUAGAAGGAAAGGGACCAAUAUUUUAUUUCAGUCUGAGUUCACUGCAAUAGGUGUCUGCAGAAGCUGUCACAAAAUCCUUACUGGUGUGGUAUGAAACUACUGCUUGCCCUUCACGUGUAAGAGGGUUAUCAAAGCAAACAGGAGCAUCUUUGUGCCUUGAUAAUUCUCACUGAAAAACGAAUCCCAAUUUAGUGAGGAGAUCUCCCUCAAUUUCUCUAUGUGGAACUUGAUGUUAGUUUCCUGGGUUUAUGAAAUAACCUAGUUGUUCGUUGUGCUCCAGUCUGAAAGGCUGGCAAACCACAUAGGUUGCUGUGCUUGCUCCAGUUACCCUACUCUUUAAUUUACAUGACGAAGGCAAUGUUGGUAUGUUUUGGAGGCUUUCUGCAGGGUUUUCCCCCUUAAGGGAAUUCUGUGCCUAUUGCUCAGCAAAGUGGUGUGUAAAUGUAACGUGAAUGGAAGGAGCAGUUACGCCGUAAGAAGAUCUUUGAAGAUCUUCAUGAUAGUACUGAAAAGACUUAGAAAAUAAAUAGUCUAUAUCUAUAAACAGAGAAGAUUCUAUUAACAUACCACUUCAUGACUCACAUUGCCCCGGAAAAUAAAUUAUGUACAGGCCUUCUGCACAGAGGUGAAUUGCAUUCGAGAAGAGUCCACCCACUCGGUACCUUUGGAAGUUGCUGUUUUCUGUAGGAACGUAAACGUUCGAACAGUAAGCAAAGGAUUAAACAGAGAGCCCUGCUGUAUGUUGUGCUAUACCACUUUGAUACUCCUUUACUACUGUCGCUUGAUUGUGUGACCGCAGGUGGAUGAUCUGUCACCUGCAGCGGGGAAGAAAAAAAAUCACGGCUCUAGCUCAGGAAGCUAAUUUCUACCCCACAGAGUCUAGUUUGCAAAGCAAUCAGUGGCGACCAGUUCUUAAACUGUGCUGUACCUAACUGUGUUUGACAUCGUGUUACUGAAUUCAGGGCAGCAGCAUACUGUAGCUCACAAAGGUGUUUGUGGCAAGCCGGGGUGAUCACAGGUUUGGUGACCAGAAACAGAGCGCUCGUGAUGGUGCGGGGUGGGUAACCCCAAAGUAAAAGCCUUGUCAUCUGGGGGAAUGCCAGGGCUUAUAUAUCCAUUUAACUCUACGAAUACAUAUGUACAGGCCCACAUCCAGCAAACUUUCCUUGUUUGGCAAAGCACCCAGCUUUAAGCGUGCACUUAAGUCUUGUGUCCCUUUAGCACAUGCGUAAGUGCUUUGCUGAGUCUGGACUUAAGAGAGAAUAGACCCCUAAGAGUAAAAUUGCUCUUUGUUCUGCUUGGAUUCAUUUUGUUCAUGACCUAUCAUGCAUACACUGGUAUUUUUGUAAGGACUUUAUUUCCGAAUGGGAGGUGUCAGCCUGUUUCAUUAGCAUGUGAACGUUCUUGUGGAGCCUGUUGUUAGGUUUUGGUGUUCCUUGCAUGUCCUUUCAGUACUGGUUUCCACCUUUCCUGUAUAGGCGGUGUUCUCUAGCACUACAAGUCUUAUUGAUUUCCAUUAGGAAAUUAGGAUAUAUUCAUAACGGAUAGGUAUAUACAGUAUGGUAAUAAGUGUAAACUGUGCUGGGAAGUGUCUGUGUAUUAUAAUUUCCUAAAAGACCACUGUAAUGUUUCAAGCAAUGGGAAAAAAAAAUGUAUGUUGGAGGGACAACAAAGUUUACAUUUCAUACUUUUCAGAAUCGCUUUAUUAUUUAUUUAUUGAAGAUAGUGUAGAAUUUUGUAUCAGAAAUGACAGACAUACUUAUGUAUUUUUUGAAACAAAACAGAGAUACACACUUUAGUUAGAAAUUUCAACUGACCACGUUUUAGAGGGAGUGUAACUCCCUAGGCAUGCAUUUGUUUACCACUAACUGGCUGAAAACACGAUUAAGAGAACUUUAAGUUUCUAUUUUUCAAUGUUGUUAAGAAAAUUGUUUCAAUUAAAAUAUGUAAAUAGUACUAAACCCAUGCUUUCCUAAUUCCAUAUCAAUACAUUUUAUUAAAUAUAAUGUAUAUGAAAAUACACAUUGUUGUGGUAGGAUAAAAAAAGUGAUAAAAUCUAUUAAUGGAGUAACAUUAAAUGUCAUUGUCUAACCUUUUAUUGCUGUCCUAAUUUUACUCAGUAGCUGUAAAUACGGUGAACAUUCAUUUAUUUCAGUGUUUAAAAAGUAGCAUCACUUUUUUAUGGUAUCAUUUCACCAGUAUGAAUUACAGUAACAACUAAAUAGACAAACAGGACAAAAAAGACCGUGGGUGUAAUGCAGAAAUCCUGGCCAGGUUUUCAAGGAGCUGCACCUUCCUCUGAGACUCAGCUGGUAUUGGAAGCGGAGGACCCUUAGCUGCAGGGGCUCCUUUCAGAUUGCGACCCUUGUCAUGGGCUUGUACAGUUGCACCAUUUUGGGGAAUUGUAACAGAACUGAGCACCUUCCCGACCACCAUCACUUGUGAUUUCCCACUUGCCCUCGAUGCACAGCAAUGUUUAACUCCCAUUAAUGUCAACAGGAGUUACAUAAACAUGAUGAUAAUGAAAGGCUGGGGUUCAGCUCCUAGAUAUCUAAUGAAUCCCUCAUAAUCAGUCUAAUCCUUAAGAGGAAGCUUGUCCUAAUCCCUGUGCAUCAAGGACAGAAUGUAUAUAUACCCUUAGAACCAGCCGACUGUGCAUCGGGAUGUUGCUAUUUUCUCGCUUGCUCGCCCUCAGUGCUCUGUAGCAUAUUGGCGCUGUUGGCUUCCCAGACAGAACUGCUUUUCACCAGGGUUAGCCAAAGGUUCUUGGAAACCCACUGACUCCUGCCUGGUUUUCCCUGUUCAGGAAUGCUACAGUCUUGCACUUCACUUUGCAUUAAUUCCGCAGCUGCGUGGGCUGCAGGUUUCUGCUUUUCUACCCACUGUAGCUGCAUAGACCUCCUGCUCAUCCAGGACUUCAUGCUGUAAAAGCUCAAGCCUUUUACUGAAAAAAGAGACUCAUUAGCUGUAUUCCUACUAGUGCUUUCAUAGAGAAAACUGCAAGCUCUCAUAGGCUUGUUUAAAUACCACCUGUGUUCUGGAGGGUUUGGGGAAGGGAGAGGCACACAGCAAUACCUAGGAAGUUAGGUAUCUCUGUGUGUUAAGAAAGGCGGCUGGCAUUACCACAACGUAUGAAGGUCGAGCCAUCGUCUUACAAGUGCCAUGUGCUGGCUGUCAGGCCAAACUCUGUUAGUCUGUGCUACCGGUAUUGAAUACCUGUAUUUAUGUAGAACCUAUUUUUCAGAUGCUGGUUAUUGAUCUCUGAAUAUCUUCAUAAAAUAGCACACCUUAGCUCACAGGUCCCUUUCCAGCCUAUCAAGAUGUGUGUAAACUUUUCCUAAUGUUAUGCAAAACAACCACAACAACAAAAUCAAAGCCCAGAUAAUACCUGAUCGCAUUUUGGAUUGAAAGAGUAGAUUCAUGCAGAUAAGCAUCCCCACUAAAAUGCAGAGGUUGUAAACCUGUACAUUGUAGAGUUCUGGGACUGUCUGGCUGCAUUUGCUUUGGUAAAAUUCAUCCUUGUAGAGAGGCUGAGUACAAGGUCUCUCCGUUACUCAUCCUUAAAAUGAGGCACUGGUGAGAUGGAACUGGUACAUGGGCCACUGGGACUGGCCCUCAAGAUGGGGUUUCAUUUCUACCUUUUAGCAGGCUUUACUUUUUUGGAGAAGAUGUUUUGCUUAGAAGUAAUUCUUCAGCAUCAAACUCCUUGGCUGGCAAUCAAGCCUUUCUAAAAAUAAUACUGUGACUUUUUAAUGCAUUCACUGCCUUCAUUGAAACAGUGGUCUUGCUUUGGAUAAUCUGGGAGAAAAAAGCCCUAAGAGAAGAAAGAGCAAAAUCUGCAGCUGUGAGAAAACAUGCAAUGGAAAAGUUGCACUGGUAGUUUGGUUUCCAAGCUGUAAUUCUGGGAAUUUCAUUUUUCUCUUAGGUACAUUAAUUUUAACAAGGAGAAUAGUGUUUCUCCCUAGUGCUUCCUUGGUUUUUAAGUCUUGUAGUAGAACUGAGUUAAUGGGUCAGAAACUGGAAGGGAACAACACCCGUUUUAGAAAUUAUUAAAAUGACUUUUGAAAGAUGCUGGUGGCUGGGAAUGGGCAGAAUGUCAACGUUGUUGUGGCUGCAGACAGGACAGGAUACAGGAGAGAAAGGAAAGGAAUCUUUUUUUUUUUCUUUUCUUUUUUGGGGGUGGUGGUGGUUAGUUUAAAAUCAGAUCCACAGUCUCACAGCUUAACUUCAAUUAUCCAGGAUCCCAAGCAUCCAUAAUGUAACAACAGUGAUUAAUAACAAACCAUGUGUUUGUCUUCAGCCUGGGAGAGCCACCCUGGAUUUAGUGCAGCUCUGUAUUUAUGCAGGAGUUUGCGUGCACUUUUUUUAUAGAAGUGGAGCUUUGCUGUGUUUGUAACAGCACUUACACUCCUCUUUCCAAGAGUUACCUUUGGAGAUACACCUCUGAGGUGCUUAGGCACUGUGUUGUUUCAAGAUGCUUUCACAAGGACUUCAUAGGCUUGCAAACGUUGCUGUCAGGCUCUUUGCUUUCCUGGUGCCAUCCAGGCAGCUCUCACGACCAUCCAGGAGGUACACGGGUACAUGCUCUUUCCAUACAGGGAAUCGGCUGCACCAGCAUCAAUGUGCCAGUUUUCUGUCUCUCAGAGGACUUGUUCCCCCAGCCUAUAGUCGUGUUUGCCAGCAAUGCCAUUGUACAUUGGCAGGGUGGAUGUCUGUCCUUUCACCCGUAUGCCUCCCCAUUUAGGACCUCUCCAUCAUUGCUCUUAUUGCAGUAAGAAUCAGCCUGGUUUUGUCAAUCUGCCUCGAGAGCAUUUUCUCCCUGUGGAAAGGAGUCAGCCCUUCAGAGAUGCCUCUCAGGAAAACUACCUGAGCUCAUUUUCCUCUGUGCUCGGUCAGAUGUAGCUGGAAGUCAUCAUGUCCGGGGCAGGUUCAGGUUUCCCUCUUUCAGGGGUCCAGCCUACCACCGGGCACGCACCCGUGCUGUCCUUCCCAACAGUGCCAGGCUGUGAGCUUCUGCUGCCCACGCUGCCAGCCCAUAGUCCCUGGUUCAUUGCCAUUAGGGUUGAGGCUCACGUUUGAGAUCACCUAGUUCCCCUCCCGGCCAUGAUUUUCUUCACCUGCUGAGCCUGUUGGCUUCCUCCAAGCCAAACACCGGCUGCGUUGCACAAACGAAUGCAGUGGGCGACUGGAAAACACGUCUCACUGCCUUGCUCUGUUGCAGUCCCACUAGGUUUUUCUUCUGUGUACAUCUUGUGAGUAAACUGGUGCUUCUGUCCUGUAAUUAAUUAAGUCCUUUGGAAGGCAUCACUCUUUCCUUCCCUUUAACCCCAAGUCCCAAAGCUCAGCUGUGUGAAACAGUGCUUUUUUAGGGACUCCUUUCCAGGCUUCUCCCUCACAGCUCACCUGGCAGCUGCCAUCUCUGCCACAGCCCCUGGCUCAACAAAGCACUUCGGCAGAUGCUUAACUUUAAUUUGUGCCCCAAUUCAGCACAAAGGCAUACGUAAAGCCAGCUGGGUGCCUACAUGCUUUGCUGGAGAUCCAUGGAAGAAUUCAAAAGGCUUUGAUAAUGUAGAGCCUACAUUAUGAAGUUGGUUCAAGGUCUGCAAGGAUUGGAAGAUUGCAAUAGAGGAUCAAACAAGAAGUCAAGAUUAAGAUAAAAUACAGUAGUAGUUUAUAGUCUUCGCAGCUGGAUCUGUUUUCUUCCUUAUCUUCCCAAAAGUGGUUUUAGCCACUAAACUCACCAGAAUUGUAUUUACCGGGCAAAUCAUAAUUCUUAUACUUACAGGUUGCAGCACAUUUGGAAGCACUGUAAAAUAAAGAAACACUAGGCAGACCUUGGCCUUGGAAAUACCAAGUACCUUGCCAAGUACAGUGCUGGUAGAAAGCCAGUCUGUAAAGCCCUGCGAGGUUGCAUAGAGCCAGUGAGCUGCCUUGGGCACCUUGAAAGACAAAGCAUGUCGCUGAGCGGACACUAAGCCAAAUAACUGAUAAAUUACAAAACUUUUUUCUAGAUGCACUUGAUUAUUACGUAUUUUAUCAACAUGAGUUUUUAUGAGGGAACUUUUUAAAUGUUCAUUUUACAAUUUUUUUACCCUUAAAAAUAAAUGAAUCACUUUUUGUUACAUGUGAGUAGGGUUGGGGGAAACAUUGUGGAUAAUGCAGUUUUUGUAAUAUUAUUAAAUACAUUUUUCAAAACUAAGAUGUGAACAAACUUUCAAAACAAGUCCAGACUUUUGCUGCAACAGUGGUGUCUAGUUUCAUACUGCUCUCCUUGCCACUGUGAUAUUUCAGUUUAUUCAAAUCCAGCAGUCAAAACCCUUGAAACACAGAAAAGCUGGGAAUCAGGUUAAAUCACCUUAGCUUUGAGGGGUUUGCUCUGUACGUACAUUCCACAUGUAUCUUGGUGUUUGUUUAGCCCCAGCACUCUUGUUCUACAUGCGUAUCGAUGUAUCUAUAGUUAAAUAUGUGCUUAUAUAUAUAUGUGAUUAUUUGUAUAUAUAAUAUAAAAAUACAGCUAUGUUGUCAUUGUCAAAUACUGAGUAAAUCUAACAGAAAAGUGUUUAUAGGCACCCAGUUUUGUCUGUUCAUUUAAAUAUUUUAAAAUAAGGACCGUCCUUGGGAAAUUAUUUUUCUGUACAUAGGACGAUAUAUUUAGGACCUAAUUUAAAAGAAUAAAGAACUGCAGUAAAAACAUGUUAAACUAGCCUAGUUGCUUGAUAGAGUUGUCAAAGGCUCUGCUGCGACCGUAGGUGAAUUCCUUGUGCUGCUUGUAAAGCUGCAAAAUUGUCACUAACCCUGGAUUUAGCGGUCGGUUCUGGGAUCUUAAAGUGUUGUGCAAACGAAGGGAGCCGGUGCUUCCUCUGAGACCCCCUGUCAGACCCCCAGGCAGCAGCUCCUGCCCGCCGCGGUGAGCGCAGGGGAAAGGGGAGGGCUGGCAUGCAGGGGAGCUGGGGAAAAAGGGAAGAAAUAGGGGCAAACCUAAAAAGUAAGAUCUUGGUGAGCAGGAGGAUAGCUGCCCCUCCAAAAAACAUGGGUGGGUGUCCAUCAGGUGAUGGAUUGGAAGGGAAAUCCCUCCCAGCUGUGGUGGCUGCUCCAUGGGAAGACCCUCAUGGCGUAAACCGUUCCUGCCAGGAGGAAGAGGGGAAGGUUGGGUGCAGGACCCUAGUGCUGGUCCGGGUGCUUGGCCAACUCGCUGCCACCGCUCUCACUCCCUCUUGCCCUGUCUCACCGUGUCUUUCAGGGUCUCCUAGGUUUGCACCACCACGCUCACCCUGGGAUGGGCUGGUUUUGGGGUGACCGGGCAGCACCGCCUGAAAGGUCACGCUGGUGAGGAGGCACCUGCACUCACCCUCCUGCACCGCACGCAUUCAUUGCACCCAGGCGAGGCCACCGCCGGUACGUGCUCCCCCGUGGCGAGACAACCCCUACCCCACAGGGAGAAGGCGAAGGCAAACCACCCCACCGUGGGGCAAGUUUUCCUGGAAGGCUUUGGCUUUGUUAACAACUUGUGCAGAAUUACCCUAGUCCAGUCCUCAUUGUGCUGAAAAGGAAUUUAGAUUCCAGCAGCCUUUGCAGACUGUGUAAUGGCUACUUUCUAUUUUGUGUUGGUAAUUGUUGAAAAAAAAGAUAACCCUAGUAUUUUUCUCAAUGUUAAUACUUAGAAUGCGGAAAUCCCCCUCCCCGCUGGUGGUGGUGUUACUUAUUUUAGUGCACUUUUUGCUGCCAAAUGGUAUCAAUUGGUUUCCUUUUUUUUUUUUUUUCUUAAAAAAGUAUUGUACUGUCUGUAGUAUUCACAUGAACCUAAAAAUUACAAAGGCAUUGUAAAAUAAGAUCUGGCCAAAUAGGAGAAAAUACUACUUUUUUUUUUCAGAGAAAAUGGAAUUAAUUUGUAUUGUUCAUUUAUAUCACAUGUAACUAUUCUACGGUAAAACAUUCACACUGUGAAGUUGGCUUCUUUUGGUUUUUUAAAGCAUUUGUAAUAGGUAUAACAAAUAAUUAUGAAUCAGACGCCACUGUUCCUCAUAAGACAAUUUCAACUAUAGUUUGAUUGCUGUGAAUGUGUUGUUUCCUCAGCCACGCUUGGUUAAAUAAUUAUAUUUACAGACCAGGUCCAAUUAAGCAAAAGUCAAAAUAAGUUCACCUGUUUGAGGAACUGUGCUGCUUCCCAGACUGCAGUCACCGAGGUGGAAACUGCUGCUAUGGUUCUAGGCUGUGCAAUUUGUUUGAGACAGAUGAGGCUGUAGUUGUGCAAGUGAAAUUAUGCAAGAAUAAAUCCUUUUUUUUUUU